AUGUCAUCGCCGAGCCCAGGAAAGCGUCGUAUGGACACAGAUGUUGUCAAACUCAUAGAAAGUAAGCAUGAGGUGACCAUUCUAGGUGGGCUUAAUGAGUUCAUGGUCAAGUUCUAUGGACCUGCUGGCACACCUUAUGAAGGAGGAGUUUGGAAAGUGAGAGUCGAUCUCCCAGACAAAUACCCCUUUAAGUCUCCAUCUAUUGGUUUCAUGAACCGGGUAUAUCACCCAAACAUCGAUGAAGUGUCUGGUACAGUAUGUCUGGAUGUGAUAAAUCAAGCCUGGACUGCCCUUUAUGAUCUGUCAAACAUCUUUGAAUCUUUCCUGCCGCAGCUUUUGACCUAUCCUAACCCCAUUGAUCCACUGAACGGAGAUGCUGCUGCCUUGUAUCUGCACAAACCAGAAGAGUAUAAGAAACGUGUCAAAG